CGUGGUCGGUCGGUAGAAGGAGACGUUGGUAUAUAAGGGCGACGCGGUGUCAGCGGACGGCACACACAUAUCACGGACACAGACGAACACAACCGCUGCAGCCUCGACAGACAACAUGAAGCUGACACUGCUCACAUUUGCCGUCGUCAUCGUCGCCACCGUCCGCGCCGACGGCUACGGAUCGACGCAGGCGCCGGGUUACUUCACGACGCAGGUGUACGGUCCCGUGAGCAGCGGCGGCCUGCGCGGGUUGGGAGAGCGCAAGGCGUCGCUCAGCUAUGACAGGUCGGGAACGGCGAUCGGAACAGCCUACAACCAGGACCAGGCGACGGCAGACCAGACGGCAGCGAAGAGCCGCGAGUACGACUACAACUACAGGUCCGGUUACAACUACGAGCAACCCAAGACCCUCUACAACUACGACAUUAACGAGCAAAUCUGGGGACUCAGUGACAACUCUGACGUCUACACUGGAGAGGGCGCUACCAGUCGUGGUCUCGGCCGCGUCGGUGGUUUCUCCAGCGGUGGUCUAAGCAGCGGGGGUCUAAGCAGCGGUGGUCUAAGCAGCGGUGGUCUAAGCAGCGGUGGUCUAAGCAGCGGUGCCGCCUUCGCUGGAUUCGGCAAUGGCGGUCACUUUACCGGACUCGGGAGCGGCGCCAGCGUCGGUAGAGGCUACGCGCAUGCGCAGCAGCAACAGCAGCCACAACAACGGCAGCAGCAGCGAUGCAUCUGUUACUAAGCCGGCCACCACCCCAUAUGAAUACAACGGGAGACGUUAGAACAACGAAAUCCGAAAAAAUUUUCAUUUUGAGAAAUCGCGGAUAUGGACACGUUCUGAGCGCGUUAGUAGUAGCAUGAAGAUAGCUGUACGCAUUUGUUCCAGUAUACAUAUGUUCAAUGAUAUGUUCAUGGUAGCAUAGACAUUGCAUGUGAUGCGAUGUGCGGAUGAUACGUAGAUGUAGGAAUUAGAGAUGUGUGUAUUUUAUGAUGGCCUUGAUAAUGACACAGUUGCUGAUUAUACACCGUAUGUUUGUUUGUGAAACGUAAUUAUUGUGUGAGACAGUGUAAAGCAUACUUGUAUACAAAUUAAAAAUACAAUCACACGAUUAUCUAUAUAUAUAUA